AUGGAAAAGCAUCAUCGUUAUCUCGUCAGUUUGGUGGACAAGGUGGUAUCGGGAAAUCGGCAUCGCGAGGACUCGCAGGGGCAGGUGUUCGCGGUGGCGAGCGACGGCAAGCGGCUGAUCCGACUCGCGCGAAAACCGGAGAUCGGAGGGGAAAAGUGCCAGGUCGUGUUCACGGAGAGUGACGGCGGGUUGCGGAUUCGCGUGGAGCCAGCCCUGGGCCCUCUGGUCGCGCUGCCGGAGAUCGAGGCUCGGGAGGGAGUCGGGCGAAAGAUACCCCGGCCGGCCAACGCUUUCAUGCUCUUCGCCAACGAGUGGAGGAAAAAACUCGCCGGGGAGAACCCGCGCGAAUCCAACAAGGACAUAAGCGUCAGACUCGGAGGCCUCUGGAAAACCAUGCCCAAGGAGGACAAGGAAAAGUACUUUACCCUGGCGCGCGAGGUCGACGCCGAGCACAAGAGACGCUACCCAGGUUCGUAA